CAUCCCAUCACAGCAGUGAGCCAGUGACUGACCACCUCCACUUAUCCGGCUACUGGAGUGAGUUCUUCUUGCCAGGAUCUGGACUGAGGAUGGAGGCGGAGGGGGAGAUCGGUGUGAGCGGCAGGAAGAGGACCAGGGGGGAGGGCAGCGGCGGCGGCGGCGGCGAGCAGAUGGUGUCCGUCGGCAGCAACUGCGGCGUCAUCGAGCUGGAUGCUCUGGACUGCAGCGUCUGCUACGACCACCUCCGGCCGCCGGUCUUCCAGUGUGUUAUGGGGCAUAUCAUUUGUUCGUCCUGCUAUGGCAACCUCCUGAACAAGGACAAGUGCCACGUGUGCUCCAUCACCGGCGGCUACAACCGCUGCAUUGCGGUCGAGCAGAUCCUAGAGUCCGUCCGGGCACCUUGCUCCAACAACAAGUACGGGUGCACCGUCAAGAUGCAUUACCACGAGCUGAAGGAUCACGAGAAGUCAUGCCCCCGCGCGCCGUGCUUCUGCCCUGAAGCCGGGUGUGGCUUUGCCGGGUCCACCGGUGUGCUCCUGCGCCACUUCACGGAUGACCAUGGCUGGCCAUCAACUGAGUUCAAGUUUGGACGUGAUUCCGUCCUGCAGAUCCAGGAAGGAAUGCAUGUUCUCCACAGCAGAGAGGGUGGCCGCCUGUUCCUGGUGAAAUUCACGCCGGUGCCGCCUUUCGGCAAUGCCGCCUCCAUCUUGCGUGUUCAUCCUCAUGCCCUUGUGGGGGAGCGCAAGUUCAGGUGUCAGGUUGGUUACAACUGCGACACCAUUGGUUGGCAUCAGUAUUCAAAUCUCCAUCCCAGAAGCACCAAUCUGUCCAACGGCUUACCGGUGGACGAUGGCAGUUACUCACUGGUUGUGCCAGCUGUUCCUGCUUACUUGCCCGCUGCUAACAGCAUCAAGAUCACUAUCUCGAGGGUAUCUUGAGUUCUUGACGAGCUCAGUGAGAUUGAGAUCCUAGCUAGUUACGCAAGGAGCUGUUCACAGGUCGUGUUCUACUUGAGAGUUGUUCAUGACUUGUUGUAUGUUUUAUUUCCAGCCUCAAGGCUGCAACUAAACGUUGGUGAACCCUGUAAUAGUUUAGUUGUGUGCAUCUUCGGAUGUAAAGAUUCUACUUAUCUGUGUAAGCUAGCUAUGUUGACCGGUGCUUUAGUUCCAUGUUACAAUCU